AGAUGAUUGCCUCAAAAGAUCAAAUGUUAUGGCUGAAAGUGGAGUCAAAUGAAAGGCUCCAAGUUAUGUUAUCAAGUUGUGUGGGAAGUCAUAUAUUCAUAUUUCUAUAAUUGAGAUUGGUCACAUGAUCUAGUGCUAAUUGUGUAUGCCUUGGUUGAAUUGAUCAUUGAAGCUUCACAUUAGACAAAGGACUAUUUCAUUGUUGAUAUCCACACACAACACACAAGUUUAUGUUUGAUAAAUGCCAUAUUCAUUUGUGUGAUUGUACUUGAUAAAAUGUGUUUUCACAUACUCAAUCUUUGUUAAUUCAAGCACAAAAAGAUUUUUGAGUGUUUUAGGUGUUUUUGGAAAGUGUUUUGCUGAAAAAAUCUGAAAAAUUUCAAAAAUACAGUUUUGCCCUGUUUUGGCGGCUCAGUCGCGGGUGUGUCAAGUCGCGAGCCUCAGUCGCAUCUUCGCUGGUCAAUUUUGGCGACUUGUUCGCGAGUGGAAGGUCCAGUCGCGAGAUUCACUCAGAGAUUUUCGCGGCUCAGCUCGCGACUCACUCGCGGGUAGACCUUCCAGUCGCGAAAAACACUUAGACAAAUUUUUCAAAAUUUUCCUCUUGAGUGCUUUGGCGGCUUGAUCUGGCGACUGUGUGGCGACUUGAACCAGUCGCGAAAAUCGCGUGUUUUGCAGAAACAGGAGCAGUUUUUAAACUUUUUCAGUUUUUCCCUCGAAUUUUUGUAACUGUUCGUCUUCUCUCUAAACACUCUCCCUCCCAAACACUCCGUGCUCCCUUUUCCAAUCUCUUGUGUUGCAUCCUUACAGCCCAAAAUCGUCGAGUUCCAGAUGGCCCCUUCACCCCAGAAGAAGAAAUCUACUGCGAAGAAAGCUGACAAAAGACUUAAGAUGGAUCCUAGAUUGUUUAGGUCAGUUCAUCAUUUUGAGAGAUACAAGGAUAACUUCUUGAAUGCAGGAAUCAUUCAAGAGAGAUUUGUGGAUUUGGAUGAUUUAAGGCAAACUUUUAUUCCCAGUUGUUUUGAAGGAAGAGGAUGGGACAAACUUUUAAGUGAUUUUCCUUUGGUGUGUGAACCUCUGAUUAGAGAAUUUUAUUCAAAUGCUGUGAUAAAGGAGAAUGAGUUAAAUUGCUGGGUUCGAGGGAAAGAAUUCAUCUUGGAUGCACAUGUCAUAGAUGAUGUACUAGGGCUUGAGGGUUUGGAUGAUGAGGAGUUUGUCAAUUUCAAGGAUAGGAGUGUCUCUAUUGAAACAGUUCAACAGAGAAUAGGUGGGCAGAGAGAAGGGAAGUGUUUGAAUACCACUGCCUUUCCAGUGGACAUGAGGGUUCUAACCAUAAUCAUGAUGUUUAACCUUUAUCCUAUUAGGAAGUUGACCACAAUCAAUUGUGCUAGAGCAAUUUUUCUGAUGGAUCUCAAAGAGAAGAACUUCAUAGAUAUAAGUUCCCACAUCUUUGACAUCAUUGUGGAUGAGACAAGAACAACAUCUAGACCAAAACUGAUCUUUCCUAGUCUCCUAAUGAGGAUUUUUCGAAGGAAGGGUGUUCAAAUUCCUCAAGACAUCAGUCACAUGUCUACACCCUCUGCAAUCAACAAACUUACCUGCAAAAGGAUCAGUGUUAGGCUUCCAGGAGAAGAAGAUGAAGGUGAUGAAGGAGAGGAAGUCCCAAUGGAGACUGAUGCAGAGACAGCAGGGCAUGCAUCCACCUCAACACCAAGGAGGAGUGGCAAGAGGUCCAGAGCUUCAACUUCUACAGAUGCACCUCCAGAUGCUUUCCAGAUCAUUCUGGAAAGGCUUGAUGGGAUCAGGGCAGUCCAGACUGAGCAUUCUGACAGAAUGAGAGCCAUGCAAGACCAGAUUGAUGUCUUGGCUGCUACACUUGACAGCUUCACAACUCAGCAUGACCAGUGACCCUUUGGCCAUUCCAUGUCAAAAAGGGGGAGAGAGUUCAUUGAUAAUUGAAGCAGAAAAGCAGCUCUUGA